AAUAGACGCACAUAUUUUUAGACCGGCGUUUGUGGUUAAUUAUAUAAGCUGAAAAACGAAGGCAAAGUCGUUGUUUUCAGUUACGGACAUGAAUCCAGGUUGUUGGAAGGUCGACGAAAACGACGAAGCGGCGAGAUGGGCUAAAACCGAUCGCCAUCAUAGAUUCUCCGAUGAAUUGUGGACUGAACUGUACAGUACUAAAAGUACCGGAAGUAAAGCAAUUUACAUCGACAUAGAUGAUGAAAAUGAUGACAAAGGCGCAAAAGAGUAUUCGCAGUGGUCCGAUUUGCCGGAUUUGAUUUUGGAAAAGAUAUUUUCCUACUUGCACAUCCGAGAGAGAUAUUAUUGUAGUUUAGUGUGUAAGAAUUGGUACAGAGCUUUCAGUCUACCAUACGUUUGGUCGAGAUUCGUUUUGGAAGACACCACUUUGACCAGAGCUAGAUUCAACUAUUAUUGUGGGUGGCAGUACGUUUUAGAUCAUGUCCGCACAUCAUGUUGUUUAUCGACAGUGGGAAAUAAAAUAAGAUAUUUGACCAUUAUGCCCAUGAUGAACUUCUAUAAUUUGUACGAAUUCAUGAACAUGAUUUCUUGGUACAUGGAACAAAAAGAGGAGAAGGAGAACGUAAAAUUGGGAAUAGGAACGAAUAUUGAAUGGCUCAAGUUCACCUUUCCUUGUAAUAUGACAACAAGGGAUGAUACUGAAAGAAUACGAUUGUUUGGUACUGGCGGUAAAUUACUAGAAGCAUUGAAAAGACUAAUGGGUAAUUUAAAGAAUUUAAGAAACUUAUUGCUGAUUGAUUUGAUGUUAGAUCCAAAAGAUGCUCAGUAUUUGUUAGACGAAGUCGUCUCUAGUUCUUGCUUAGCCCUUAAAACUCUUUACGUCGUGAAUACAACUAAAGUUUACUAUCCUCUGUUGCACGUUGGAGUUUUUUUAAAUCUCCACAAAUUGGUGAUUAGUCCCCAAAAUUUAGGAGAUGAUGUGGUGGAACUACUGGGAAAUACAAACUUGAAACAUUUACACAUUUUGCAAAAUCGUUACUCGCCCGACGACGAAAACAUAAAUCCAGUAAGCGCAAAAGUUUGGAAACAGUGCAAGAAGAACAAUCCCGACUUGUGCGUCCAUUUACAACUCGAAUGUGUGAAACCUAAGCCGCUGAUUUGGCAAGAAUGUGCGCCAGUCAAAACUGUUUUAUAUAAUUCAACCAGAUUACAAUUACGAACGGAUGAAUUGAUGACGGUUGUGGAUUUUUAUAGGACGGACUUGAGGGUUUAUGGACAUCUAAGUAUCGCUAGAAUUCACAGAUCGAAAUCGUUUCAUGAGAGGAUUGACGGCAGUUUGCUCUUAUUAGUCAGAGAAUGUCCGAAAUUAACAACACUGGCGGUGACCGAGAGAAUAUCCACCGCAACAGUUCUACUUCUCGCCUACACCGGAAAAAACUUGCGUCGGUUACAUAUAAGAAAAAAUGCUGUUAUAAUAAAAUCCGAGUGGCCACAAAGUCCGGAAUGGUCGGACGAAUUUUACCUUUGGCUCAAAAUAAACAGCAGAUCCUACGAACUAGUUGAAAAGGAAGUCUCGCAAAUUGUGGGUUACGAAUGGAAAUUUCUCUCAGAUAAGGAAUAUAUUAAGUUACGUUGCAACUUGUACGAGCCGUGAUUUUUGUGGAAUGGAAAUGAUAAAAGUAUGCAAAUUAGUUAAUAGUAGUGUGAAAGGAAUGUUAACAUUUACAUUUUGUAUAUAUUUUGUAAUUCUAUAUAUUAUUAUUAUUAUUAUUAUUAUUACUAUUAUUGAAAAUAUUGUUAUUUUAAUAAAAAAUAAAACUCA